AUGAGAUACUCAACAGCGUGCUCGGCGUGUCGCGCUCGACGGCGCAAAUGCGAGGUGCCUAUCGGCGGCGGCCAGUGCACAUACUGCGCAACCCAGAACAUCGCCUGUUCACGCGCCGGCUCCAUCAUCCAGCCCAAAGCCGUGCCCGUCAGCCCGCUGUCUAUCGCGACGCCGACGACGCCCUCUGUCACCGAGAUCAUCGUCGCCAGCCCCCCUGGCAUCACUCCGAUCGCUGCUGUUUCCGACAAGGCUCUAUGCUUCGAGCUGGUGGAGUUGUACUUCAAGUACAUCCACGACUGUCUCCACUCCCUCUUCCACCGGCCCAGCUUCAUGCUGGAUCUGCAUGAGGGGACUGCUCCUCUGGCGCUUGUCUAUGGCAUGAUGGCGUUGUCAGCAAGGUUCUCCUCAAAUCCUAUCUUCAAUGGCAUUGCUCCGAUAUCGAGGGGAGAGCUCUUUGCCAACGAGUGCAACAUGCUACUCAACCUUCGAGAUGUGUCUCUCACGAGCAUACAGGCAUGUGUCUUGCUUGGUGCCUAUUCCAUUGUAGAGGGAGAGGCAGGCGCGGAAAGCGUCUUCUACUCAGCUGCAUGUAGGAUAGCCAACUAUCUCGACCUCCCAAACCUACCCACGCCGGACCCGUUACAGAGGGAGAUUCAUAUUAGAGUUUACUGGUCGCUCUGCAUGAUUGAUGUCUGGUCAUCAACUGGUGUCAACCUCCCGCGUCUUAUGGAACGGCGAAUGGACGUCCCGUUACCGAUGAACGAGUCAACCUUCCUCAAUAUGACCCGUGCGAACAACAACCACUUUGACUUUAUCCUGUCACCAAACCGGGAAGACUCGCUCAUAGCCCAGAUGAUCAAGCUUAACAGCAUCCUGCUAAAGGUCAACGACGCCAUUAAGUCUCUCACAUCAGACUCCACAGUAACAAACAUCGACGAGACUGUCUCGACCCUCGCGCAGGAACUUGAGGCCUGGGAGCUCGAGCUUCCCCCAAGUCUCCGCGAUACCCCAAGCAACCUGCAUUCUUUCGCCGCCCAAGGCCUGGGCCGUAUCUUCAUCGCUGUGCACACGGGUCACUACCACUACAGUCAGUUGCUCUUCUAUCAGUAUCUAGAUGAGGUCCAGCGCUUUCCCGCCUCCCCGACCGCCCAGAUCUUUGCCCGGAAAUGCAAAGAGAACGCCGUCUCCAUGUCGCGUAUCAUCGACCUCGCCAACACCACGCCUGGCUGUGACGCCAAGUUCAACAUGCUGGGCCACAUCAUCGUCAUCACGUCGUCCAUCUUCAUCCACACGCUGCUUUUCGAGACCGACGAGGCCGAAAUUGCCAACGCGCGGGCAACCCUGGAGCGCCACUUCAACACCCUCGUGGCCUUGCGGGUGUACUGGCCAGGGCUCGAGGUGUGCUUCGUCCGCCUCAAGACUUUCCACGAGCUAUGUCGCAAGAGCAUGAACACGAGCUACCGCAUGGACCGCUGGAUGCUACGGUUCCUGACCGAGUUUGCGAGGCCCAUUGAUGAGAAGGAGCGUGAUGAGGACGGGAACAUGGACUUGGACCGAUGGAGUGUGGGCAACAUUGGUAUCAGCCCUGAGAAUUGGGCAUGA